AUGUGUGGCGUAUCAACCGGUGCUGUCAUUACGGCUAUGCUUGGUGCAUUCAAAGUGAAUUUAGAUCAAUGUGAAGAUCUGUAUAAACAUUUUAGCUCAACAGUUUUUCAUCGAAACAAAGCGUUGGGUAUCAGUUCAUUAAUCACUAGUCAAUCAUACUACGAUACGAAAAGUUUUGAGAAUUAUUUGAGAUCACGAAUGGGUGAACGUUUAAUGAUAAAGACUUCUCAAGAUGCUGACUCGCCUAAAUUCAGUUUGAUUUCUGCAUUGACAAUUCCCGUUGGUUAUAAACUAUUUUUAUUUCGUAAUUAUUCGAUUCUAUCAUCACCUCAUACGCACUAUGACGGCACAUCAAAAUAUAAAGUUUGGGAAGGUGUACGCGCGUCAACAAGUGCACCAGGUUACUUCGAAGAGUUUCUCUUAGAUGGAAAUGUAUUUCAAGAUGGUGGAUUAAUCGCAAACAAUCCAACAAGUAUCGCUCUGCACGAAUGUCGAUUAUUAUGGCCAGAUGAAGACUUUCAAUGUGUCGUAUCAUUGGGCAAUGGUCGACCUGCACCCGACGUCUUAUUUCAAUCGAAAUCAAUGACUUUAAAACAGAAACUAUCAUCAUUGGUCGAUAGUGUUACAAACACAGAAACAAUCCAUGUCUGUUUACACGAUCUUCUGCAACCAAAUAUUUAUUUUCGGAUUAAUCCGUUUAUGAGUGCGGAUUUCGUCUUGGACGAACAUCGACCAGAACGCAUUGAACAAAUGUUGCGUGAUACUCAAACGUAUAUACGUCAAAAUGAGUUUAAGUUUGUCAAACUUGCUCAACAGUUAACUCGACUACGCUCACCAAUUCGACGUUUUAUCGAUAAAAUAAAGAAAAUGCUUCUCAUUUAUACAUAG